UUUAAAAGACCUUGCCGUUCUGCAGGGCAAAGGCCAGAUCUGACUCGAACCCACGGCUGCGUCCGCUGCUGUUGCCCGGCAGGAUCAGACUACUGGUGUCCAUCAUGAAACCGCCGGGUUUUGCAGUAAGGCUGUUGAAGUCAAAAUGCGCAGCAAUAUUCGGCUGGCCUGCCGAAGACAUUGAAGCGAUGCCAUGGAACGCGCUUUCCAGGUGUGUACAGCUGCUGCGGAUACUCGGCAUGCACUGGCUGGGGUGUGAAUGGCCAGGGUUGUUGCCAGAGAUGCCGGCUGGUCAAAGAUGGCCUGGUCAGUGAUAAUGUUGAGGCCCUGCAGCGUCUGGAUGAUGUCCUGUCUGCGGGUCUUUGGGCCGAUCUCACUCGAGCAGCCACAGGGUAGUUGGCUGGCGCUGCCUGCAAUGCUUGGGAGGCUACUGGCAGCGCUGCUUCCUCUUCGCCAGCACCAUUGUCGUUUCCCUCGUCCUCGUCCUCGUCGUCAUACUCAUCGUCGUCCUCGUCCUCGUCAUCAUCGUCGCCAAUAUUAUCCUCUUCUUCAUCCAUCUCCUCCUCGUCCUCCUCCGGAUUCCCAUUCUCAUUCAAACACUGCUGCCGCCCGACGCCGAUUGCGCACCCUCAGCGUUCUUUGCGCAUGGAAACAGCAAAGUCCAUCGAACCAUCAAACGCGUUUCCUAAUGACUGGGAGACCAAGCCCUGCGAGCACUCCGAAAUGCUGCUAAAGAUGCUUGCACUGGAGUCGGCAUUACUCAUUGAACCACUACUCUGCCGCCCAUCGUGCUGCGACACACCUUGCCAUGACGACGAUGACGACGACGAUGAUGAUGACGACGAGCUUUGCAGCAAUUUCGCCACAUCCACAUCGGAAAAGAUCUGGUCGACGAUCAUCUGGCUCAAGUUUCCGUCCAGCUGGCCCGU